AAUCAUUUAGUAGUCAGUCUUGUUUAAUAGCUACAUACAGCUAUCAUGCACAGAAGAACGCAUGUUUUGAGGGAUGUCAUUCAGGAAAACGGAGGUAAGUGGAAGAAAGCGAGAGAGAUGAAGUGCAACGAGAAAGCCAGAGCUCAAAUCCCAGCAUCCAGCGCAGGAGAAGACAGAGCCAUUCUCUUGGGCUUCACCAUGAUGGCCUUCUCCAUCCUCACGUACUUUCUGGUGGGAAUCGUGAUGGUGAAACCAAGUCUCUACAGUAACUGGAAACCUAACAACUGCACACUGGUGCAAACUGAUUUGGUGGAUGAAGUGAUGGAUUGCCGUGGCAUUGAUAGCUUUAAAUGCCUGCGUGUUUGGGUGAACAGCACCCCUGAAAAAACACUUCAACUUUACCGAGAUGAAGACACUGUCAAAUACAGGCCAAAGUGCUUAUACAUUCCGAAAUGCCAACGAAACAAGACAGAACAAGAGGCUGAGGCCAAUAACAUCAAAAAUGUGUUAAAGCAAAUGGAGAAUUGGAACAAUAUCACAUGCUAUUUCAGUGCUACACACCCAAAUGACGCCAUCUAUAGAAGAAAAUACACCGUUCAAAUGGCCUUGUACUACCUGCUGUGGCCCAGCCUCAUGUUGUUUGGUGGAAUCCUGCUGGUGGGGCUGGUGAAGCUCAACCAGCAUCUUUCUUUCCUCUGCACUGAGAUCAGAAGAGAGGAGUUACUAGGCAAGCAGAGUAAACUGACGGAGGGAAGGGUCUAUUACAAGCUCUUAAGAUGGAGGUCUGGAGGCCCCACGGAGCAGCACGCAGAAAGUAGUAUAAUGUGCCCCUACUGCAGUGGGCAGGUUAAAAGUCGUAUAAUGACUUUAUUCAGUGUCUUAUGAAGUUAACAUUAGUGCCUUACACCCUGUGGCCUUAGCUUUUUAUAACAUUGUGAUUGUUCAUUAUAACCAAAUAGGAGGUUAUAGAUGCAGUUAAGAGGGUAAUUUCAAUGAGCUGAAUGUAGAGAAGUUUGCUUCUUCAUUGGAACUAAUUUGAACAAUUUUAGCAUUACAGUGAAUGGGUGCCAUCAGAAUGAGCCAGCUGAAAAAAACAUCACAUUACUCCCACUAAAACAUGAUCCAGAGCACUCCAGUCCUGCAAGUAACAUCUUGUGAAGUAAAAAGCUGCAAAUUUCAAUUUUUGAGUUAACUAUUUCUUUAAUUUAAUAACGGUGAGAAAAGAAAAACAUUAAGAUUACUGACAUUUCCUUCAACCUUUAAACACAACACAAUGCAAUGCGUAAUUCAAAAAUGGGGGGGGGGGGUCAACACAGAAAAUUCAGUUCUUGUUCCUUUUGAAAUGGCCAAUUUUCCUGAUCCAGUCUAUCAAAUAAUGUGGUAUAAAACCAAGCCCUGUCCUACAUUUCCCUGUUGAAUAUUUUGUAUCACUCAGAAAUACAACACAUUGCAAGUAAAUGGGUUGUGAAUGAAUUAAAGUCAAAUUACAGGAGCUUGUAUGAAACAAUUCAAUAAUAAAAACUGAUUCAUAUAUUA